CUUGGCUGCAUCUGCCUGCUCCUGAGGGGCCCGCAACGCUAGAGGUCACCCUGAGCCACGCUGCAUCAGAAUGAGCUCCACUGCAGAGGCCUCUGAUUGGUCCUCAUGACGGAACAAGCAACAUCCUCUUUGGUUGGACAGUAGAUGGCAGCGCAUGCCAACGAGUGCUAUGCUUACAUCAUCGGCAGCAUCAGCAGCAGCAGCAGCAGGAGGAGGAGGAGCUCCUUCGAGUCUGAGUUUCUGCAACAGACAUGAACUGAGGAGGAACCAACAACCUGACACGAAACUAAAAAAUAUUUCUGCGGGUCGCUUAGGUCGAUGAUGCCCGGUUGAGAGGCGGCGGCGGCGGGUACCCGCAGGAGGAGCAGCAUGGCAUCGCCGCGCCACUACAGAGACGCUCCUCAUGACAUUGCCAAUGUGAUGCAGAGACUGCAAGACGAGCAGGAGUCUGUGCAGAAAAGGACGUUCACCAAAUGGAUCAAUUCCCACUUGGCAAAGCGUAUUCCGCCUCUAGUCGUGACGGAUCUGUUUGAGGAUAUCAAGGAUGGCGUGAAGCUGCUCGCCUUGCUGGAGGUGCUCUCUGGCCAAAAAUUGCCAUGUGAGCAGGGCAGGAAGCUAAAGCGAAUCCACUGGGUUGCAAACAUCGGCACGGCUCUCAACUUCCUCCAGGGUAGGAAGAUCAAACUGGUGAACAUCAACUCGACAGAUAUCGUAGACGGUCGACCGUCGAUCGUCUUGGGUUUGGUGUGGACUAUCAUCCUCUAUUUCCAGAUCGAGGAGCUGACCUGCAGUCUCCCACUAAUCCAAGCUCCGUCAGACAGCUCCUCCUCACUGAACGGGUCGGCUAGCGGAAGCGAGAACACCAGCCCGCCCGUCAAGAAGAAGCCUCUGCCACCCGUACACGGCGGCGUUAGAAAGGCCCUCCUCAGAUGGGUCCAACAGACAGCCACCAAGCGUCUGGGAAUCGAAGUGAAAGACUUUGGUCCCAGUUGGCGAAGUGGCUUAGCCUUCCUUGCCAUCAUCCACACCCUUCGGCCCAAUCUAGUAGACAUGGAGCACUCAAGAAGACACUCCAACCGAGAAAAUCUGCGAGAAGCUUUUCUGUUAGCCGAAACGCAGUUAGGCAUCGCACAACUUCUUGACCCUGAGGACGUGGACGUAGACAAGCCGGACGAGAAAUCCAUCAUGACUUACGUGGCCCAGUUCCUGAAGCGCCAUCCUGACGGAGAGCACGGUGCCUCAGAGGGACCAGCAGCAGAUGAAGAUGAGGAGGCGUCUAUCCCGCAGCAUGGCCGCGUCGCUCCUCGCGAUAUCGAGGAAAUGCUGGAGAGAGAGCAACGAAAGAGCCUGAGGGAGUUUAAAAUGUGGCUGGAGCAGCUGGAGAAAGACGCGCUACACGCCCAGGAGACUGAGGCCAAUCUCGCUCUGCGGUAUCAGUUAUUCAAGAGUCUUGGCGUACAGCUGGAGAUGCGGAGGAAGCAUAUGGAAGAUUCCUUAAAAUCCACGCAGAAGGACGGAAUGUUGACAGUAGAUCAGGCUCUGGUCAAACAAGCUUGGGAAAGGAUCUCCAACAGGCUCCUGGACUGGCAUCUGGUGCUGGACACGUCCCUUCCCGCUCCUUUGGACGCGCUCGGAGCCUGGCUGCAUCACACCGAAGGAGCCCUGCGACAAAAUGUCGAAAUCAGCGACGGGGCAGCCGUCGGCAAAGCCUUGGAACGACGCGAGGAGGUGUUGAAGAGCCUUGAGGGUCAUCAGCAGGUCUUCCAAAGGAUCCAUAAGGACAGAAGUAUCGAUGGCAUCUCUGUGCCACCUGAGCAGCUGCAAGACAUGGCCGAGAGGUUGAAUUUCAUCUCCACAUCUUGCAACAUCCAGCUGGCUCAGAUGGAAUUCCUGAAGCACAAACACAGCAUGGAGGCUUUUCUCACGCAGGCGGAAUCGAAGCUCAAAUCCUGGAUCGUCAAAUACGGCCGACAAGAAUCUGUGGAACAGAUGCUACGCGAUUAUGUCGUUUUUGUGGAGAAGCAGUAUUUUUUUGAAAGUUACAAGACCUUAUACCAGUCAUUGAAAAGAGCUGCGGAGGUUUACAUCAGCGCUGACAGCUCAGCUGAUGAAGGAGAGACGGGGGUCUCUCGGCAUGUGUGGGAUGUGGCGGCCCAGUGGAGGAGCCUGUCCAUGGAAGUGCGCAGCGUGAGGAGCAUGCUGGAGGAGGUGCUGUCCAACUGGGAUCGCUACGUUUCCACGGUGGCCUCUUUCCAAGCUUGGCUGGAGGACGCCGAGGGAGCCCUAAGACAGCCGGAAAACACAAAGCAGGAGUUCUUCAAGAAUCACAGCCACUGGAUGGAUCAGCACGCCGCCAUGAACGACGCGGGGAAUUUUCUUAUCGAGACGUGUGACGAGACAGUGUCGUUUGAGCUCAAGCAGCAGCUCCUACUUCUGAAUGGACGAUGGAGGGAGCUUUUCCUUAAAGUCAAGCAGCACGACCAAGUUGACCGAUUGGAAAAAGGGCGAAAAGACCAUUUAAAGGCAAUGUCGACUUUGACAGAACUUUUGGAUACAGCAGAAGCCAGGCUCAGUGCUCCAGUACAAGUGUCUUUCCUCGGUGUCCGAGCCUUUUUGCAAGACGUGGAGAAUACCAAGCAAAAGCUUGUCACCAUGGAGACGCAGUACAAGCUGGCCGGCCGCAGCGCUCAGCUCCUCGCCAAAGACGCACCGCACGACGAGUCCGCCGGGGUCAUCGCUACCAUAACGACCGCUAAGAGUCGCUUGAGUCUCGUGAGAGAGCGCUGCCCCGCCUUAGUAAAGGAAUGCCACGCCCUUCUGCCGUUGCUGGAGGAAAUGGAGAAACAAAUGUCUGUCUUCUAUCAAGCCCUGGAGCGCGCCCGUCGCAUUAGUGCCGCCGACCCACACACGCCCAGCCCGACACUGCUCGGCCACAAGUGGCAGGACUUUUUGAACCAGCAGCAGAGUUGCAAACGCUGUCUGGCGGUGAUCGAGAGGAACCACAACACGGUGCAGAGGGCACUCUCCAACAGCAAGGUGCUUCAAAACUUCGAGACCGGUUUGCUGCAGAAGAAACUGGCUGAAGUCCAAGGCUCGGCGCAGGAGAUCGCAGAGUGGAGGAGGCGGGAAGAAGCCAAUAAUUGUUUGAGGAGGAGGUUUGAGGAGUCCAGACAGGAUUUGGAGGCAGUGCUGAAGAGAGCUCAGGACUGCCUGGGAGAGUCGGGGGACGCCGAGGAAUUACUGAAGAAGCACACGGAUGUUUUCAGUCAACUGGACCAGCACGUGCUGAGCGUCUUCCUGAAGGCGUGUGACGAACUCACUGACAUCCUACCAGAAGAGGAGCAACGGGGGCUGCAAGAAACAGUCCGCAGACUACACAAACACUGGAAGGACAUCCAGGGCGAGGUACCGUCACACCUGCUGCGUCUGAAGGUAGAGGUGGAGCAGUAUCCAAUCGAUGUCGUCCUCCAAGAGUGCCGAUCAGAGCUGGACAGAGAACUCCACAUCUUGUCUGGCUCCUCUAGCAGCGAUCAUGUGAUCCAAGAGCACAGGAUGUUCUUCAGGGAACGCAAACCUCUGGCUGUGUGCGAGAAGCGGAUUAGGAACAUGGAGGAUCUGUGUCAAAAACUGCCAGACAACGACGCGGCUUAUCGAAGGCUGGAUGCCACCAGGAGGGCUGUGGAGGACGUCGCCGAGCGCAUCAGGAGCACCGGCGUCACACUGGAGCAGCAUCCUGAUAAGUGGAAGGAAUGGAAUGAUAGAUUUUGUGAGCUUUCCGACUGGCUUUCAUCUCAGAGGAGACACCUGAAGGAGACGGCAAGAACUUCCAGCCAUCAGGAGGAAGUUGACGCUGCUGCUCGAGCAUUGAGAGAAGCAGGAGACGCUCGAGAAGAGAGCCUCUUAUGGCUUAAGAGUCGUCUUUUGAGCCUGUCCGAUGUGAGCUCUGAAGUGGAGACACAAAGACAGCAAAGUGCCCUGAACAAACUCUCAGCCGACUUUAAGGAAUUGUUGUCCACACUUUGCCAGGAAUGCGGCGAAGGCUCCGGCGCAUUCCCGUUGGAGGAGCUCAGGGAAGAAGUGCGUGGCGCUCUGGAGGAGGUCCUGAGAGCUGGGAAGGAAACCGGAGAGCAGAUCAACCGGAUUCUGGAUGCUGAGGAUCUAAGAGAAGCCCAGGAACUCUUUUUUAUUCAUCAGCAACACUCAAAACAACUGCAGGCUCUCAGGAGGGAGGCAGAUCUUUUGGUGUCCCACUCCAAACAGAUCCAUUUGGGAGAGGCGCUUAGUCGCUCGGUACACGAGCUGGAGGAACGUGUCCGAGAAGCGGACUGCCAAUUCAGCGCUAGGGAGCGCAGCCUACAGGCCACCUUGAGCUCCUGGCGCAACUUUGAACGUGAGUGGGAAACACUUCAAGUGUCCAUUAGCGACAUCACCAUUGAUCUGCACAAAGAGUUUAUAUUCAACAACCUGGACAGCCUGAGGAGCGAACUGGACCACACCAAGGAGCUUUUCAUCAAGCUUGAGGACUGUUCCCUGAGAGCAGACGUCCUCCUGGAGGAGGCGGUUGAUCUUCAGCUCGGGCCGAAGAAUCAAAUUGCGGUUCUGCAUCAGGCCCAGUCCAGCAGGGAAGCAGUUGAGCAGAUUGAAGACCACCUCAAGAAGAAUGUUGUCCAUCUGGAGAGAACGUGCUCAUCGUGGGAGCGCUUUAACGAGCAAUCCGUGACGUUUUCCACGUGGAUCAAUGAAAAGCAGAGAGCGCUGGAUGCAAUCGGGCUCAACUCACCCUCCGAUUAUUUGGACGAACACAUCGGCAUUGUUGAGGUUGUGGCGGAAGGUUUAGAGGCGAGAAGAUCAUCGCUACUCCACAUGGAGAAGGACUACGAGGCACUGUCCAGGUUUAUCACCCCCGGAGAGUCCGGAUGUCUUCGGGAACGGGUCACCCAGAUGAGGCGUUCCUGGCAGGAACUGAUGGAGAAAACAAAGCAACUCACGGGGCAGCUCAACCAGAGCGCCUCCUAUAGGCAGAGGUGCAGCGACAACCUGGAGCAGUUUGAGAAAACUAUGAAUGAUCUCAAAGAGAAGCUUGAUACUCCUGUCACACUUUGCUCAUCAUCAUCACAAGCUUUCAAGAACUUACAAAGUCACAUGGAGGUGUGCCGGUCAGUGGAACAACUGAAGCCCGGACUGAUAGCUUUGUGUACAGCUGUGGAAGGCACCAAAUUGGAGCAUGAGGUACUCCUACUCCAGCAGCUCCGAGGAGAGUUACUGGGAAAGGCCAGUGAGAAACAAUCGGCAUUAGAGAGCUUUCUAACGCUGUGGAAAAGAUUUGAAAAGGAAUAUUUAUCCAUGAAAAGCUGGCUAGGUGCUUGCGAGUUUGCUUGCCGUCCGGCCGACGAGCUGCUCUGUGUAGACAAGGUGAAGCUCACGAUGGAGCUGCAACACAUCCAGGAGAUGCGGACUGAAACCCCUUCCAAUGACGCCCUACUUGAGGGUCUGUUAAAUAUCGUGUCGUGUCUCUACCCGUCUGCCCCCGAAGCUCGGGUCGGAGAGCUGAAUGACGAGCUCACCCAACUUCAGGAGCGAUACGCCUCACUGAAGAGCAAAAUGUCACGCAGACAUGAGCAGCUGGAGCGUCAGUUGUUGCAGCUGGAGCUUUUCAAUGACGCUCUUUUGACACUCAGCCAAAAGAGCCAACAUCUCCCAUCUGUCUUGAGAAGCUCUCUUCAGGUUGACGUUACUGAUCUCGAUGGUGCCUUCACGGAGCUCAAGGAGCAAGACUCUCAGUUGAAAGCUUACUCAUCACUAAGAAAGGCUCUCCAACAAAGAGAAUCAGCCCUACUUCCAUGCUCCAGCCCAGAAGCUCAGCAGAAGCUCCAAGCCUGGAGAGAAGAUUGCCUACAACCCUUCACAGAAAGUGAACAUCUACAGUUUCUCCGCAAAAAGUGCCUGAAUGAGUUAAAAACCUACCUGGAGAAGCGUGAAGCAGCGGUUGGGGGUGUCGGCCGUCUUCGCGAGGCUGUGGUGAGGAAAGGGAGCUGGGAUCCAUCCGAAACAGAUGAGCUCCACCGAGAGGUCACGAGGGAUGUGGCCCGCCUUGAGGCUGAGGCCAUAGCCUUGGAUGGGCAGCUGAGCAAAGCCCACCUUCACCUAGGCGGGAAAACCUCCUGCAGGGCUCAGGCUGCAGCCCUCAUCGAGUGCCUGGAGGAGGCGCGGAGCAGUCUGGGAUGGAGGCAGAGUGAAGCGGAAGCCCUCGGAGCUAUGUGGAGGUCCUUCAGGGGGAAGAAGGCGGAGGUAAUGAAGACUUUGGAGACGUUGCAGUGUAAAGCAAGACAGGAGGUGGUCAAAGAAUGCUCUGUGCAAGCAUUUCAAAACAGGCUGCGUUACUUGAGCCAGCUGGAGGAGGAGCUUCAGUCCCUCCAUAAGUCCCAACAGUGGUUAGAGGAGAAAGGAACCCAGCUGGCCCAGAAGGACACGGAGCGGACAGGGGAGGCCCUCAGAGACCUUGAUGUGGUCAAGGCUGCCUUGGAGUACGUCAAGACUCUCAUCACCAAAAGUCAGGAGCAGAGUCAACGGGCACUCGAUCUCCUGCGCCGAUACAACCACUUGAGGUUGAUCCUCGAUGCUUUGGUGGAGAAAGCCCGUGCGCUUGCUCACAACCUGCCCGAUCACAACCACAACGCUCAGGAAGCCACGAGGUCCUUCUCACUGCACGAGAAGCUGCUGGGUGAGCUCCGGGAAAAGCAAGAGGACAUGGACCAGCUCAUCACCGCGGUGGAGGAUCUGCAUCGAGAACUGGCUCGCUUUCCCGACUGUGACGCAAGCAUGGUUCACAGAGACGUGGAGGCGUUGAGGGCCCAGUGGUUAGAGGCGAGUAACAAGAAAUGUCCUAAAUAA